CUUUUUCCGUUUCUCUUCUCUGAUUCUUAUUUGACAUGAUUCUCUAUUCAGAAAACGACGAUGAUUUGGAUCUCCAAUCCGAUUCUAGCAGCCCGAGCAUUGUCCCUCUCUUCAGAUGAUGCGAUGGGAUUGGUGUUGAGCGCGACGUCUGUGAGAGGGUGGACUACGGGCUCAAGCAUGGAGGAGCCAUCAGUGCCGGCCGAAGUUGAUGAUGAAUCUAAUACGGAUACGGUCUCUACCUUACCAUGGUCUCUCUUCACCAAGUCGCCACAUAGACGCAUGCGCGUUGCCUUUACCUGCAACGUUUGUGGUCAAAGAACCACUCCGGCCAUCAAUCCCCAUGCAUAUUCAGACGGAAUUGUAUUUGUUCAGUGCUGCGGAUGCAAUACUUUUUACAAGCUUGUGGUAAUUAAAACAUGUUUCACGAGAUGAAGUGUUAUGUGAACCUAAGCUUCAACUACAGAAGAGACCCAAAUUGGAAUUUGGGGUUCAAGUUCUUUGACGAAACUGAUAAUGGUAAAGAGCUUCCAAUCUGAAGUGAAGAAAUCACUGGUACAGUGUAUAUUCAUCAAUCAUCACUUAUUCAAAUCUUUCUUGUAUAUGGAUUAUGGA